CUCCCCGAUAAAAGAAAAAAAAUAACAUUUUAAAUAAACGCCAGGAACCACAAAUAUUAUUAAAGUUUGGUAUGUAAAAUUGUGGACCCAACCGUCCAAAAACAUUAUAAAGAGAAACGUGGCCUAGCACACAAUUGGAGGCUAUAUUAAUUAAGUGAGAAUAUUUUAAAGUUAAGAGAGAAAAAAGGGUUAUGAACUUAUGAUCGAACACCAAGCCAUGGAGAUUAAGAUACCAGAGACAACCAUGAGGAAAGACGAAGAAGAAGAUGAGCAACCCCUUAGUCCGGCGGCGCGCGUGUUCCACGCUCCGGAGUUUAAUUGUUACGUCAUAUCGGUGAUCGGUGUUAAGAAGAAGAUCGAGCCAGAUGUUAUUAUGGAAGGAUUAAAGCAAACUUUGAUCAGACAUCCUCGUUUUUCCAGCAAAAUGGUGAGCAGAAGGAACAAGAAUAGUCAAACACAAAUAUGGGUUCGGACAAACGUGGUCGUCAGCGAUCACGUCAUCGUACCAUACAUCCAAACGCAAAACAUAGAGAACGCAAACGCAGAUAAGUUUCUUGAGAGUUACGUCUCGGACCUCACGUUGAUCCCUUUAGACACCUCGAAGCCAUUAUGGGAGCUUCACCUACUCGAUUUGAAAACCUCUGACGCUGAAAACGUCGCCGUUUUGAAGUUUCAUCACUCUUUAGGAGAUGGUAUGUCUCUAAUGGCUCUUGUCCUCGCUUGCAUGCGUAAAACAUCGAACCCCGACGAGCUACCGACUCUACCGAACCAAAACCGAUCAUCGUCCAGAUCUUCCCGGUUAAAGGCCGGUUCAAGAGGUGAUUUCCGAUUCUUGUGGUUAAUUAUGGUUCUAUGGUCGGCGAUAAUGUUGGUUUUGAAUACGAUGUGUGAUGCGUUGGAGUUUAUUGCUACGGCAAUGUUCCUUAAGGACACUGAAACACCCAUCAAAGGCGAUUUCCGGCUAAGUAAGCAUAAACGGAUGUCUUUGGUUCAUCGUACCGUAAGCUUAGACGACAUAAAGCUAAUAAAGAAUACCAUGAACAUGACUGUCAACGAUGUAGUACUUGGAGUAACUCAGGCUGGUCUCUCGCAAUACCUUGAAACAAGAUAUGUAGAGAAGAAGAAGAAACUAGGAGAAGAUCAAAGGAAUUCAGAUCAUAUGCCUAAAAUAAUAAGGCUAAGAUCAGCUAUACUUGUAAAUCUAAGACCCACAACUGGAAUCCAGGAUCUAUCUGAUAUGAUGGCCAAAGGAUCUAAGUGUAGAUGGGGAAAUUGGAUCGGCUACAUAGUCUUUCCGUUUUCUAUCGGCUUACGCAAAGAUCCGUUGGAACAUCUUCGAAGUGCCAAAAGAAUCAUCGACCGGAAGAAAAACUCGUUAGAAGCUGCACUAACAUUCAUCGUCGGUAAAUUGAUGAUUAAAUCGUUCGGCGUUAAGAUAACAGCUAAUAUAAUAAAUAGAGCAUUGUCCAACACAACGAUGUCCUUCUCAAACUUGAUUGGUCCUAUUGAAGAAAUCAGCUUCUUUGGACAUCCUAUCGCUUAUAUGGCCCCUAGUGUUUAUGGCCAUCCCCAUGCUUUGACGAUGCAUUUCCAAAGUUAUAUGAACAAGAUGACGAUUUCUUUGACCGUAGAUCCAACGGUCAUAAGCGAUACUCAUCGGCUACUUGACGACUGGGAGGAAUCUCUAAAAAACAUCAAAGCUGCUGUCCAAGAACGAGGCUCCAUUCAUUAGUAGAUUGAGAGAAAUCUUUAUUCUAAUCUUCUUAUUAAAACGUUUGAAAGAAGAUAAAACGUACUAGGAGAUAUAAUCAUGAUAUCAUAUAGUACUGAUUAAUCCUUUAAAUAUAUAAAUUGGGUUUGAAAAUUUAUGGUCACUCCGACAAUAUCACUCCCUUGUAAGCUUCAGUGAUGUCCAUGCUUGGAAGGCUACCAUGUUAAUUGAUAAUUAUUUUGUAAUAAAUACAGUUUUCAAAUAAAUGUUAACCACGUCA